AUGCACUUCCACAUUGCCACCCUUCUGGGCGUGGCCCACUUGACUUUUGCUGCUCCGUUUCUGAGUGUGUCGACUCACCCUCUUCCGGGUGGAAUGCCUAAUCCAAGUCCCAGUGAGCUGGAGAUGAUUGAGCUAAAUGCGCAUGGAACUCUGCCAAAUGGACCUGCUCCUGCUGGUAUCAGCGAAGGAGGAAUCGUUAACCUCAAGCUUAUCGCAUUCAACGAACUAUUUGAAAUUGCCUUUUUCGAUCAACUGAUCACAAAUAUCACCGACAACAUCUUGGGGUAUCGCUUCUCUGAUAAAAACGAUUACAACUUUGUGCUGAAUAGCUUGAAGGUGAUUCUGGCGCAAGAGGAGAUCCAUGCCCUAGACGCCAACAACGCCUUGGCCCGUGUUGGAGUUGACCCAAUCGAGCCUUGUCGCUAUACCUUCCCCGUCCAUGACUUUGAUGCGGCCAUUAUGCUCGCCACUACCUUCACAGAUGUAGUGUUGGGAACCCUGCAGGACGUUGUGGAGAGAUUUGCUGUCGGUGGUGACAUCGGACUCGCACGCGCAAUUUCCUCCGUCAUUGGCCAGGAGGGAGAACAGCAGGGCUGGUUCCGUGUCAUGCAGGGCAAAUUCCCUAGUGAACUGCCUUUCUUGACCACCAGUGAUCUCAACAUUGCCUUCACUGCCAUCGAGACGUUCGUCGUGCCUGGCACUUGUCCCAACAUUGACUCCAUUCCGCUCAAAAUCUUCCCACCUCUCAAUGUUAUCAAAGGCCCGACCGCGGAGACCGGACACAUCAAGGUUUCCUUUGACGAUAGCGAGGAGAUUGAUGACGGUAUACUGUGGCUCGCCUAUAUCAACCAACAGAAUCUGCCGAUGGUGGAACCACUACAUGUUGUCUCAAAGGAAAAUGGCACCAUUAUUGCAAAAGCUCUGUUCCCCUAUGAUGCAUAUGAGAUGAACGGGUUGACCAUCGCUGCAGUGACUGCCACGAAAGGACCAUUUCUUAAUGCACACGGUGUGGCAAAGGAAACUCUCGCCGGACCUGGCCUUUUUGUCAUCGACUAA